AGUUCAACUUGUGCCUUCCAGGCGUGAUCAUCCCAGGCUGCAGGAGAGCAGCAAAUGGCCACAGCACAUCUGUGUCAGGAGCCCGUGAGCUUUGCGGAGGUGGCCGUGUAUUUCAGCAGGGAGGAGUGGGCGCUGCUGGACCCUGCGCAGCGAGCGCUCUACCGGGACGUGAUGCUGGAGACGUACCAGUGCAGUGGCCUGGCUGGGAACUGGGAUUACAGAUAUACUGGAGGAUGUGCAGGAAAGUGGUGUGGCCGAAAGGCGGUGGGGCUAGUGCCUGUGUGGGAGAAAUCAGAAGGGAUGUCCCAGGAGGCCUGGAGCAAGGUCAGGGUCUCUCCGAGCGGCAGCCGUUGCCGCUGUGUCGCCUCCCGGGCUGCUGCUCCCGGCUCAUCCCGGGACGGCGCUCAGCCCUGUGGGCAGAGACGGAGCCGUCGGUGCCGCUUCCAGGAGAACGGCCGCCUCUUCCCAGCAGAGCAGGCUGCAGGAGAGCAGCAAAUGGCCACAGCACAUCCGUGUCAGGAGCCCGUGAGCUUUGCGGAGGUGGCCGUGUAUUUCAGCAGGGAGGAGUGGGCGCUGCUGGACCCUGCGCAGCGAGCGCUCUACCGGGACGUGAUGCUGGAGACGUACCAGUGCGUGGCCUGGCUGGCUUCACUUCCAGCCCCCAAACCCGGGCUGAUCUCCCUGCUUGAAGGAGGGGAAGACCCCUGGAUCCCAGAUGUGCGUAGCCCGGAGGCCGUGCCAGGAGACCUAAGCCCAGGUGGAGAUGAGAUCACAAAACCAAAGGAGAAUCUGCAGGAAGUCGGUGUGGUCCGGAGGCAGUGGGGUAAUGUCUCUGUGGGAAUAAGCAGAAGGGAUGUCCAAGGGGGCCUGAAGCAAGGAGAACACUUCAAGCAGCCAUUGGGAAACUAUCCAGGAAAGAGAGCAAGGAACCCGCUGGAACUCAGUGCAGGUCAACAGCAGCCUGAAGAGGCCAGGAAGAGGGAAGUACGCCAGAAGAAAAAACACAACUCAAGCAAUGAGUGUGCGAAAAGCGCUAAAAGGUAUUCCAGACUCGUUAAAAACCAUCACGUACGCUCAGGGGAGAGACUGUACAAGUGCUCUGCUUGUGGAAAGAGCUUCAAAUGGAGAGCCCACCUUACAGUACAUCAACGCAUCCACACGGGAGAGAGACCGUUUAAGUGCUCAGAGUGUGGGAAGUGCUUCAGCAGCAGUUCCAACCUCAUUGUCCACCAGCCCAUCCACACAGGAGAGAGACCCUACAAGUGCUCUGAGUGUGGGAAGAGCUUCAAAAGAAGUUCCCACCUCAUCAGCCACCAGCACGUCCACACAGGAGAGAGACCCUUUAAUUGUCCCGAAUGUCCAAGGAGCUUUAAACACAGUUCCGCACUUUACUCCCACCAGUUUAUCCACACAAGAGAGAGACCCUACAAGUGCCCUGAUUGUGGGAAGAGCUUCAGAAGUAGUUCUGCCCUCACCUCCCACCAGAGCAUCCACUCAGGAGAGAGACCCUUCAAGUGCUCUGAGUGCUCGAGGAGCUUCAAAAGGAGUUCCCACCUCACCUACCACCUGCGCAUCCACACAGGAGAGAGACCCUACAAGUGCCCUGAGUGUGGGAAGGGCUUCAAAAGCAGUUCCAAUGUCAUCCGCCACCAGCGCAUCCACACAAGAGAGAGACCCUACAAGUGCCCUGAGUGUGGGAAGAGCUUUAGAAGCAGUUCUAGACUCAACUCCCACAAACAAGUACACAGAAGAAAGUGACUAUAGAAGUGUGUUGUGGUUUAGCCCAGCAGGUGGCUCAGCACCACGCAGUAGUAUUCUCCCUCCUCCCCUCCCUUAGGGAUGGAGGAGAGAACAACAAAAAAAAAAAAACAAAAAAAAACACCGGUGAAGCAGAACUUGUAGGUUGAGAUGAAGCUUUUUACUGAGAGAGAGAAGAGGACAAGGAUAAAUGUUAUGGCAACGUGCCUAUAUAUGAAUGAUGUGACAAGUGACGCACCGGGAACUGCUCUGCUUUCUGCCAGAGGCUCCAAGUGGGGCCGUUCUCCCCGGCUGCUGUGUGGGCUGAAUCUCUUACGUCUUGUCCUGUCUGGACUGGCCCGUGGGCUACCGCAUGACCCAUUGCCUGUUUAAUUUGUUCAAAGGCUGUUGCUGCUCCGGCCCCACGUGAAAUGGGUCUUCUUCCAGAUCACAUCAUAGAGAGGGUUUACAGUCAGACCGUAAUCCAGACAAUGCAUUCUUCAGAGACCCCCAGCACCUGAGAACGCUUGUGUUUCCUUUUUGCUGGUUGGAGGAGACAGAGCAGUUAUUGUAUUGACCACAUCCACGGGGAUCUGACGACAUCCAUCUUUCCAUUUGACUCCUACGAACAGAAUCUCCAGUGCAGGUCCCUUGACUUUCUUUUGCUUUAUGGCAGAACUGGCUUUCAAGAAGUUUUGAAUUAUUUUCUUCCCUUUCUCAAAAACGACUUCUGCUGUGUUGCCCCACGCGAUGAUGUGGUCAGUGUACAGCAGGUGUUUAGGAGCUUCCCCUGUUCCAGUGCAGUCUGGGUCAGCCCACGACAAACGGUAGGGCUGUGUUUCCACCCUUGGGCAGUCGAUUCCAGGUGCAUUGCACGCCCCUCCGAGUGGAAGCACAUGGAGGCCUGCACGAUGCUGCCCGAGGGAUUGAGAAAAGCACAUCAGUGGCAUAGCACGUGACUGCCUUUGACUCCAGUUCAUACGGCAGCUCUAGCACACCUGGCACAGCAGUGCUGCGGUGCGACUUCAUUCGGGCCAAUGGCCUGAGUAUUACACCUGGGGUAUGACAGCGCCUCUGCUGUUUGAAGCAACAUGAGCACCAAGCAGAGUUAUUACCUGACACCAGCUUGCCCUGGAGAAUCUAACUUGGUAGGUCCAUGUGCUCAGUAGCUGGACAGAACAUGUUU